AAGAAAUUGAAAUAAAAUACAAAUUAUGGCUGCAAAAGAAAAUAAAAAUGCGUAUGCCGUUUGUGACCGAAUAAAAAGGACUAAGCCAGAUGUAGUUGUAACGGAAGAAAUUGCAAAAGAAAUCGGUUCAAAUUAUAGAACAUUGCCAGCGUUCGAAAAGGGAUUGUUUGAUUACGUGUAUAUGAAGCAUUAUUCGGUUCAAAAUAACGAACUUUUAAAAUGUCGCUGGCUGGAGUAUAAAAAACACAUUGAAGAGAGAGUUUUCGCGCCUUUUCAAUUUCCAUGCAUAAGAGACCUCCAUUUUCACAAUGGCUGCAUUCGAUUCUUGCCCUCCGAAUCGAUAUAUCGUUACCCCGAUCAUCGUAUGAAGCUUAAGCCAGGCCCUGGUGUAGAUUUUCGCGGGCAAAUGCCCAUACCUCAAGAGCUUUUGAUGAAACGCGGGAUGAGUAAGUCCGGGGGUGUUGUGAAGAAGGAAAAGAAGAAAAAAUCGAAGUGAUUUACAAUA